UAGGGGGUUGUUUCAAAUGGGGAACAAAGUGAGAGAGAAGCAGACAGCAGCAGCAACUCAUUCGAAAAAUAUAGAAAGCGGGACUUACUUAGCCAUCAACAACUGAACCGAACCGAACCGCAACUAGGGUUUCAGUCUCAAAGGUUUAGAGAGAGAAACACCGACUGAAAGAGAGAGAAAGAAUAGAGAUGGCAAGGCCUAGGUGUUUCCUGGACAUUAGCAUCGGAGGAGAGUUGGAAGGGAGGUUAGUGGUGGAGCUCUAUAACGACGUCGUUCCAAGAACAGCCGAGAACUUCAGGGCUCUUUGCACUGGAGAGAAGGGUAUUGGUCCCAACACUGGAGUCCCUCUCCAUUACAAGGGAAUUCGUUUUCAUCGUGUCAUUAAGAGUUUCAUGAUACAAGGUGGUGAUACUUCUGCUGGAGAUGGAACAGGAGGAGAAUCAAUUUACGGUGAUAAGUUUGAAGAUGAGAAUUUUGAAUUGAAACAUGAAAGGAAGGGAAUGUUGUCCAUGGCAAAUUCUGGCCUCAACACAAAUGGAUCUCAGUUUUUCAUUACCACGACUCGCACUCCGCAUCUCGAUGGGAAACAUGUUGUGUUUGGGAAAGUUAUUAAAGGAAUGGGAGUAGUUCGUUCUAUUGAGCAUGUUCCAACCGGUGAAAAUGAUGUACCUGAACUUGAUGUUGUAGUUGCUAACUGUGGAGAAAUUCCAGAGGGGACUGAUGAUGGUACAUCCAAUUUCUUUGAAGAUGGUGAUAUGUUUUCGGAUUGGCCGGCUGACAUUGAAAAUGGUUCUGCCGACCUCUCUUGGUGGGUAAGUGCGGUUGACUCGAUAAAGUCGUUUGGCAAUGAACAUUUCAAGAAGCAUGACUAUAAGAUGGCUCUUAGAAAAUAUAAGAAGGCUUUACGUUAUUUGGACGUAUGCUGGGAGAAGGAAGGGAUUGAUGAAGACAUGAGUUCAUCUUUGAGAAAGACAAAAGCUCAGAUCUUUACCAAUAGUUCUGCUUGUAAAUUGAAAUUGGGAGAUUUGAAUGGUGCACUUUUAGACACCGAGUUUGCUAUGCGUGAUGAUGAGACAAAUGUCAAAGCUCUGUUUCGCAGAGGCCAGACGCAGAUGGCACUUAAUGAUAUAGAUUCUGCAGUUGAAUGUUUCAAGAGGGCACUGGACCUUGAACCAAAUGAUGCUGCAAUAAGAAAGGAGUUUGCCGCUGCAAAACAGAAGAUUAGUAACAGAAGGGAACAACAGAAGAAAGCAUACUCAAAGAUGUUCAAGUAAAGCAGAGGAAAUGAAAGUGCUAUAUGCAGGUUACAAUGGGGGAGAUGGGAGAAAACAAGCUGCUAAUCAAAAAGUCAGUCAAAGGUGGUGAGAUAUGUUCACAGAACUAAACCCUAAACCAAUUUUUUUUGAGCAGUUAUUGUUAGAUUGAUAGAAUGAUCGAUAUCCAUCCCUUCCUUUUAAGUUUUGUUCUUCAUUCAAGUUGUUGUUGUUUACUGUUUACAGACUAAGGAUUUCAAACAAAUAAGACUUUGGGGAAUUUUUUUUCCAAUUUUCUCCCUUCAAUGACAAUCUACUUUUGUUGCAAUCUUUCAAUACUGAGAUUUCAAUUCAAGCUAAAGAAAGAUGUGUUUAUUUUAUUAUUA